GGCCUAGGCUUUGCCUCAGGGGGGCUGGGGGCGGGGGAGGGCUCGGAUAUGCAGCUGCGGAUCUUACUCCCGACGUGCUGCUGUGAGCCGGGCUGACCGGCUUGGUCCCGGGGCAAGUAGCGGGGAAGGCGGCUGGGCCCCGGGACUCCCAGCGCUGGAGUUCAGGCGCGGAGGAGAGGCCUUGUCCCCAGCGCUGGCGGGUCUCAAGCAGCAGGCCUUCCAAAAAGCAGUGUGUGCUGGGCCACAAGUGUUCGGUCCCUUUCCUCAGAAGUCAUUUAUUUUAGGGUUAAAUGGUUGCACUUGAAAUGUACUCUCACGUGUAGUCAUUAGCUGUUUUAAAAAGCGUUAAUUAAAAAUAAUGUUCUAUGUGUUCCUUAAUAUCUUCUCCCCAGUGAAGGAAAAUCCCUUGCUUACGGUUUGGGAACUGGAGAGCUGCUUUCGGGAAUGGCUAAGUUGAACUAGGACUGGCCUGUGUAUUACCUAUUUGGACGACUGUUUCUUCAUCUCUGACCUGGGACUUAUAGCAACUUUUUAAUUUUGAGAUCUGCUGCUGAAACUAGAAAUGGAGCCUUUGGAGCCUGACUCCUGGAAAACGUAAUCCAGGAGUCCAGCACAGACUGGGAUCUACCUGGCUGAGGAGCAGCAUUGUGGAAAGGGACCUGGGGGUCCUGGUGGGCAACAAGCUCAGUAUGAGCGAACAGUGUGCUGCUGCGAUGAAGAAAGCCAACAGGAUGCUGGGUCGCAUCAACAAGGACGUCGCCAACAGAGAGAAUGAAGUUGUUAUCCCACUUUACUCAGUGCUUGUCAGGCCACACCUGGAAUACUGUGUUCAGUUUUGAUCCCUGCUGUACAAAUAAGAUGGGGACGGUCUGGAGAGAGUCCAGAGAAGAGCCACCAAGAUGAUCAAAGGACUGUGAAACCUGCCAUAUGAGGAAAAGCUGAGAGAACUGGGUUUGUUCAGCCUUGAGAAAAGAAGGCUCAGGGGAGACAAAUAUUUAUAGGGUGGCUACGAAGAAGGUGGAGACUGCCUUUUUACAAGGAGUCACAUGGAAAAGACGAGGGGUAAUGCGUACGAGUUACUCCUGGGAAGAUUCUGAUUGGACACAAGAGGAAAACUUUUCACCAUGAGAACAAUCAGCCAUUGGAAUAAUCUCCCCAGGGAAGUGGUGGAUUUCCCAAGAUUGGACACUUUUAAGAUUCGACUGGACAGAGUGCUGGGUCAUCUUGUCUAGACUGUACUUUUCCCAAGAAAGGUUGGACCAGGUGAUCCUUAAGGUCCCUUCCAGCCAGAAAAAAUGCAUUCUGAAUAAUAACAACUGCUUGCUGAACUGAACUGCAAAGAUCUCAUGCUUUGGAGAUGAAGAUGAUAAAUCCAAGGAAAUAAUCCAGCUGCUGCCAUUGUGACAACUGAAAAGUCCUUUGUGUCAAAAUGAACAGUCUUUGAGAAAAAUCUGGGAAGCGGUUAAAUCUGAAAAAUGGGAGAAAGAGUAAGGAGCCCAGAUUCUGAACACGACAGGAAAUCAGAUGGGGAUAAAAAUAGUGACUCCUAUUAUUCAGAUGAAGAUAAUGCAUCUCAUUCAUCUGGCCAGUCGCCAACACUAAGCUAUCCGUCUACAAGCCAAGAAAAAAGAGAUCACAAAACACAAACUUCAAACAGCCUUGUACACUACCAAGCCACAAAGAAAUUGGGUUCCAAAUAUGCACCAAGCAAAAGAGGGACACAAUGGGGUUUCCGUUCUCAGAGCCUCACUAGGGAUUCUCCUGCAAAAGAUAUAGAUCUUGUUACAAAAAGAGUUCUUUCUGCUAGGCUGCUGAAAAUCAAUGAGCUCCGAAAUGAACUGACUGAACUCCACAUCAAACUAGAUGAGCUGCAGAAGGAAAACAGGGCACUGAAGAGGCUUCAGCACAGGCAGGAGAAAGCCUUGAAUAAGUUUGAAGAUACGGAAAACGAAAUCUCUCAGCUCCUUGCUCGGCACAACAAUGAGAUUAGAAUAUUAAGGGAGCGCCUACGAAAAUCUCAAGAGAGAGAACGUGCAACUGAGAGACGGCUGAAAGAUUCGGAAGAUGAACUGUACAGAACAAAAACUGUCUUGCAGAAACUGAAAAAACUGUCUGCAGAUAAGCACCUUGCCGAAAGAGAUGACCUGGCAAAGAAACUAGCCUAUGCGGAGAGCAGGCUAGAGGAGAGUGAAAAAAGAAUUAAGGAUCUGGAAAAAAAUCUUGAAUUAAGUGGUAGCAGUUUUCAACGAGAGUUACAUUCAAAGAAAAAAAAGAUGCAUGAGGUUCAAGAAGAAAAUAGAGUUCUCCAAGAAGAGCUUAAUCAACUUAAUCAGAAGCUGAAGGAAAAAGAAAGAGAACUUGAAGCAAAAAAUAUAUAUGCUAAUCGUAUGUUGAAGGUAUCACCAAGAAAAGACAUGGAUAUCAUCCAAAGAAAAAGAGCCAACAACCAAAAUAUUAAAAAAGGUGCACAGCUCACAAAAGCCGUACAGACCAGUGGAUAUUUCUCACCAGUAGAAUUUCUUCCAGAACCAGAACUUAUCUGUGGUGACACAGUAAACAAGAAAGAAGGAAUUCUUCCGAAAAUAGAAAAAGAAACUCAAGACAAAGAAUGGAAAGAGCAAGCAGACCUCCUAAGACAAGACCAAGACAAGGAAAGGGAAGAGAAAUUGAAACGUUUUCAGGAAAUACAGGCUUUGGAGGAGAGAGUUCAAAAGCUACAUGAUGAGUGGGAAAGGGAAGAAUAUGACAAGAUGAAAAAAGAAAGCAGCUUUUUAUUGGAUAAAGAAGAGAAAACAAAGAUGGAGACAGAAAUCCACAAACCUGAAGUAGAGAGAGAAAGCACUGAAAUGCUGGAAGAGCGGCGAAAAAGAGAGUUCCUGCUUGCUAAAAUGCAAGAAAUUGAUAGAGAAACUCAAAAUGUAACAAACGUGAGACCUGCUUCCCAAGCACCACUCAUAAAUACAGCAAGAAAAUCUGAUUCAUUGGAGAAAAAAGAUAAAACUAAUCAAUUCUUUGAGAUUCCUGGGAGGGUUACGAAUGGAUUUCCUGGAGAUGGCAGCCAGGAUGAUGCCACAAGAGCGCAAGGGCAGAAGCAACGAAAUGUAAGGACCGUAGAUUUAAGUAGUGAGUUAACAUUUGGUAGUUACAUACCUUCCUUUGGGAAAGGAUCAGGGAGACCAAGUUGGCUUACUCAAAAAAGUGACAACUUAGAAGAAAAUGUUAAGGAAAAUGCAGAUAGCAAUAGUAAGAAAGAAAAGAAGUCGAAUUUAAUGGAACAACUCUUUGGAAGCAGUGCCAGUACCAUCCUUCUUUCUAAAAAUAACGAUACAACACCCCUUGACAUAGAUUGGGACUCUAGAAAUACUCUUCUUGUCGAUAAAAACAGUAAAGUCAAAGUAAAAGAAGACAGUGACCUUUUUGGUGAAGGAAGAAACCUAACCAGACACCGUUUGCAACACACUACAAGCAAGCCAGGACUUAAGACCCUUGGUUCUUUAGAAGAUGAAAUCGAAGAAGUAGUCUUACAAUGAUCAUAUUUUUAUGUGUUUCAAAUGUAAAUACAGAAAAAUAUUUUCGUGUAAUAUUUAUUAGAUACAGAAUUGAAACAUUUCAGAUAUAUUGUAAAGCCUUAUGAAGGAAUAAUUUACAUAAGUGGGUAUAUGUAUAGAGGAAAGAUGCACUUUGAUAGAACAGCCUAUAUGCAGAAAAUUUCUUCUAAAAUGUAGUAUCCAAAUACAGACAUUGGAGAUCUGGCAGUGGGUCUUUUGGCAGAAAGACAGGGAACGGUGUCCUGAGGGACUUUGAUAGAUGAGAUAGGCGCUGGCUGGCCCUUUCAGUCAAUUGGAGAAGACGUUUUUGCCCCAGUCACUGUUGCCACAUGGCACCAUGUGACUUGUGCAGCUGUGGCUCGGGGUCCCAGAGGCUCGGUAGCACAGAGCUGGCAGGGAUGCCAUAGGAAUGGAAGGACUUGUAAAGGCUUACGCUCACUUGUGCCCUUUGCUCACUCUCUGUCUCGCCCCCGUCAUGCUCCCUCUCACUUCUGUCUCUUGGGUACUCGCUCUGUCCACCCGCCCCUUCUCUCUGUCACUCUUUCCCUUUACUUGUUCUUUGCCCUCUCUCUCUGGCAGUCACUCUCUAAUUAUUUUUUUUUAAGACUUACUGGUGUGUAAUGGUAUGUUAAGUAAAAUUACACUUCUCACAAUUACUCUGCAAUUAUUUGUUGCAGACUGAGUUGGCUAAGAAAGGCGGCAAGCUUUUAUGUGGCAGCCUUGGCAUUCAGGGCAGCUACUAGAUGGGCAUCUCUGGCUAGCCAGCAUAGGAAGCGUUGGGGUGUUUUUACCUGUGGGCUGCUCACAGUUCACUGCUUUUCAUUUGGAGUACUUUUUUUAGGCAUCAGAUAUUUUCUUUCUCGGGCAUUUGGAGAGCCUCUUAAAACUCUGUCAGGAGAAGGCAUGUGUAACAUCAGUGUCAUGAAAUGGAUAGAAGAGACGUACCUAGCACAAAGGCUCAGGUAGAAAGAGAAUGUUCUACACUGCAAUCAUGUUGUCUCAGAAGAACAUCAACAGAAACACAACUGACUCAGGAACAGCUGAUCUGUCUUCUGCGUAGGUUUUCUGUAGACCUUACUACCAAAUUUGUCUAACUCUUCUCAUAUAUUCAGAUUAUAUUUAUUACAUAAUGCCAUUUUUUGUAAUUUCUGAAUUUUGUAUGUGAAAUUCCAAUCAUUACUAAGUCAUUUUUUAACAAAAUGGUUUUAUUAAAUGAGUUGAGUAAAAUUUUUGUGUGUAGAUCAUCCUUAACACAAAGUUCUG